AUGGCCAACCCCAUCAACACCUACGGCUUCACAGCCGUCCCCGCCUCCGCCCAAGCCCUCCUAACCUCCACCUCGGCCUAUCCACCUCCAACCACCGCCCCAAUUCCCAUCUUCGUCUCCGACACUCCAAUCCCCAACACGCCACUCGCAACUCGCAUCGACGCCUACGCCAAGGCCCACCUACCAACGCCAACGUACAACCACUCCCUGCGCGUGUACCACUUCGGACUGGCGAUUAAACGGUACCGCUUCCCGUUCCCGGAUUGGGACUUUUCGGACGAAACGUACUUUUUGGCGUGUGCGUUGCAUGAUAUCGGGACGACGGAGGAGAAUAUCCAGGCUACGCGCUUGAGCUUUGAGUUUUCGGGCGGGUAUUUGGCGCUGGAUUUAUUGCAGAAUACCAAGUCUAGCCAGAGUCAGGACCAGACUUCCGUUGCACCGCGCGAUCAAGCGGAGAGCGUUGCGGAGGCGAUUAUUCGGCAUCAGGAUUUGUGUACCGUGGGCAAAAUUACUGCCGUGGGACAGCUGUUGCAGCUCGCAACCAUCUUUGAUAACACGGGUGCAUACUCCGAUUUGGUCCACCCAGACACUAUCAAGGACGUUUCAGCGCAUUUCCCCCGGCACCAUUGGAGCGAUUGCUUUGCGGCAACGAUUCAUCGGGAGAAUGGGCUGAAACCUUGGGCUCAUACUACGGCCUUGGGAGAGGAGGAGUUCCCUGCCAAGGUUUUGGGGAAUACCUUGAUGCGGCCGUACGAAUAG